AAUACGUUGGUUCAGAAUAAAUGUGAAACAUUUUUGUUUCAUUUUUCCGAACAAUAACGAUUUUUUCAAAAAAAAUGAUAUCGAUCCCUCAGAAAUACGACCAACGAAGAAAAGAAUCUGGAGAUGUCAUAUGUUGAUGUUCCGAUAGUGAUAUUUUCUGCUCGAUUUCGCGUUUUAUUCGAUCAGCCGUCUGUACUGUACAUCAAAACUGGCAGCGGUGAUUCAAUGGUGACCAUAGGAUCAUCGGGUGAGAUCAAAGUAUUCAUUAGGCGAAGCUAUAAAGGACCUUUGAGCGUUCUGGCGUACAAAAACGGACUGAUUAUGAAAAAACACAUCAAAACUAUCGAGUAUCCGAACAUUGAGGCGAUGAUUCUUGAUUUUAAACACUUUUCUCAUCCAAGAAUGAUCAAGAAGGUUAUCAUGAAAUUGCCGUUCAAUAUGAAUAUUGUUGUGUUCACGGCAGAAAAUUACCUAAAGAACAUCAAAUUAGCGUACAAAUCGCGUUUUUUCAACAUCUUUACCGGUUUUUUUCUAAAUAACUACCAGUCAGCAAAAAUAUUUGUAAAAACACUCAAUGGGACGGUGAUCGAAGAGAAAAUGCCGACAUUUUUCAAAAUAUUUCUGAUUUAUAUAUACAAUGAGUCAUUGUCCUCCAACAUAUUCUACAAAACGAUGUGCAGAAAGAUGACAGAGCGUGCUAGCCGGGUGUACUUCGAUAAAAAAUCGGUGAAAUACAUCAAAGACUUCAUAAACUUUUUCGAUAUCGAUCUCAGCGAGAUCGAAGAAGAAAAGUAUGCCUGUUUUAACGAUUUUUUCUGCAGGAGAUUUAAGCGUGGAGCACGUGUUGCUGAAAAUGCGCUGGCCCUGUGCUCGCCAUCGGAUUGCAGGGUCAUAGCGUUUGAAACUGUUGAGGAGUCGACCAGGUUCUGGAUUAAAGGCACAAAGUUUUGCUUGGAUGUGUUUCUCAACGGAAGCAAUAAGGCAACACGCACAAAACAUAUGCUGAAUAAUGGAAGAGAUGUUCUUAGCGCAUGCAUCAGUGAUACGCUGGGUGCAGACAUGAAGAAACAGCUCAGUCGUUCAGGUGACUCGAGCGACGAAUACAUUGAUGAUGAAAAAUUAUCUGAUAUAGGUGUUGAACAGAGGUACAGGUGCGGCUGCCAGCACCGAUGUGAGGCGAUGAAUGGCCAAAAGCAACACAAGAUAAGCCUUGGUACAUUGAUAAUUUGUAGACUGGCAGCACAAGAUUACCACAGGUUUCACUCACCUGUAAAAGGGUGUGUGAAAAUGAUCAAGGAGAUUGACGGGGACUAUCUGACCGUGAAUCCCAUUAGUGUUGAGCGAUCAAAUGUGUUUACGCAGAACAAACGCGUGAUUAUUCUCAUUGAAUCCGAGUUAUUUGGCAACGUAUACGCGGUUGCUGUUGGUGCCACCAUGGUAGGCUCAAUCAAGCUUAGCGUGACGGUUGGCACAGAGGUUGAAGUGAUGCAGGAGAUUGGGUAUUUCCAAAUGGGUGGCAGUACGAUUGUUCUGCUGUGUGAGAAGGAGUUGGAUAUCAGGAAGGAGAUACAAAUUAAUUCGAAUGCACAGAUAGAAACAUACGUGAAUGUGGGAAAUACCCUUGCAUUUAAUAAGAAAGAAGAUGUGACCAACAAAGGAGAUUGUUUAUAGCAAUGCACGAGCGGUAAUAUCGCAUUAAUUAUAGCUGUGUUAGGCACUCUGCCGUAAAUGAUGUUUUUUGUGGACAUGAAAAGAUUGGCCUUCAAAUUGAUGGCUGGUAUGUUAAAUAAUGCAAUUCCUAUAGCAGAACAGUUCACAAGUUUUAUCAAAAAAAGAAAACGGAGCAGACUGUGUGUGUAGUAUUACUAAACAAAAUAAUUUUUUUGCUUAAAUUAAAUAUUUUGAUCUGAAA